AUGUCGCAUAGGCUAGGCAACCUCUACUACGACCAGGGCCAACUCGGGAAGGCCGAGGCGAUGUACGCGCGGGCUCUUCAAGGCAAAGAGAAGGCAUUGGGACCAGAUCACACGUCAACACUCGACACAAUCAACAACCUAGGCCUCCUCUGCAAAAGCCAGGGUCGACUCAAGGAGGCUGAGGAGAUGUACGACCGAGCUCUUCAAGGCUACGAGAAGGCAUUGGGACUACAUCACAUGUCAACACUCAACACAAUCAACAAUCUGGGUAUUCUCUACUCCGACCAGGGCCGACUCAAGGAGGCCGAGACGAUGUACGAGCGGGCUCUUCAAGGCUACGAGAAGGCAUUGGGACCAGACCACACGUCAACACUUCACACAGUUAACAACCUAGGCCUCCUCUACAGUAUCCAAGGCCGACUCAAGGAGGCCGAGGAGAUGUACGAGCGGGCUCUUCAAGGCUACGAGAAGGCAUUGGGACCAGACCACACGUCAACACUCUCGACGGUCAACAAUCUAGGCAACCUCUACUAUCGCCAGGGCCGACUCAAGGAGGCCGAGACGAUGUACGAGCGGGCUCUUCAAGGCUACGAGAAGGCAUUGGGACCAGACCACGCGUCAACACUCUCAACAGUCAACAACCUAGGCCUCCUCUACAAUAUCCAAGUCCGACUCAAGGAGGCUGAGGAGAUGUACGACCGAGCUCUUCAAGGCUACGAGAAGGCACUGGGACCACAUCACACGUCAACACUCGACACAAUCAACAAUCUAGGCAACCUCUACUAUCGCCAGGGCCGACUCAAGGAGGCCGAGGAGAUGUACGACCGAGCUCUUCACGGCAAAGAGAAGGCACUAGGACCAUACCACACGUCUACACUCUCGACGGUCAACAACCUAGGCCUCCUCUACAAUAUCCAAGUCCGACUCAAGGAGGCCGAGGAGAUGUACGAGCGGGCUCUUCAAGGCUACGAGAAGGCACUGGGACCAGACCACACGUCAACACUUGACACAGUUAACAACCUAGGCUUUCUCUACUAUCGUCAGAGCCGACUAGAGAAGGCUGAGGAGAUGUACGAGCGGGCUCUUCAAGGCUACGAGAAGGCACUGCGACCAGACCACGCGUCAACAAUCUCAACGGUCAACAACCUAGGCCUCCUCUGCAAAAGCCAGGGUCGACUCAAGGAGGCUGAGGAGAUGUACGACCGAGCUCUUCAAGGCUACGAGAAGGCAUUGGGACUACAUCACAUGUCAACACUCGACACAAUCAACAAUCUGGGUAUUCUCUACUCCGACCAGGGCCGACUCAAGGAGGCCGAGGCGAUGUACGCGCGGGCUCUUCACGGCAAAGAGAAGGCACUAGGACCAUACCACACGUCAACACUCUCGACGGUCAACAAUCUAGGCAACCUCUACGCAGACCAGGGCCGACUCAAGGAGGCCGAGGAGAUGUACGAGCGGGCUCUUCAAGGCUACGAGAAGGUACUGGGACCAGACCACGCGUCAGCACUCUCCACAGUUAACAACCUAGGCUUUCUCUAUUAUCGUCAGGGCCGAUUCAAAGAGGCCGAGGCGAUGUACGACCGAGCUCUUCAAGGCAAAGAGAAGGCAUUGGGACCAGAUCACACGUCAACACUCGACACAAUCAACAAUCUGGGUGUUCUCUACUCCGACCAGGGCCGACUCAAGGAGGCCGAGGCGAUGUACGCGCGGGCUCUUCACGGCAAAGAGAAGGCACUAGGACCAUACCACACGUCUACACUCUCGACGGUCAACAAUCUAGGCAACCUCUACGCAGACCAGGGCCGACUCAAGGAGGCCGAGGCGAUGUACCAGCGGGCUCUUCACGGCAAAGAGAAGGCACUGGGACCAGACCACACGUCAACACUUCACACAGCUAACAACCUAGGCCUCCUCUACAGUAUCCAAGGCCGACUCAAGGAGGCCGAGGAGAUGUACGAGCGGGCUCUUCAAGGCUACGAGAAGGCAUUGGGACCAGACCACACGUCAACACUUGACACAGUUAACAACCUAGGCCUCCUCUACUCAAGGCUCGGAACCACUACAUCCACUCCACUUUGGACCAAGCAGAGUGUAUGUACAAUUUUUUAG